UAAAAGGUGCAUCUGCUCUGAAAUGUGUGAAUAACAUUCCUUUGAAAUUACAGGCGUGGAAAUCCUCCCUCCGAGGACCGGUCUCACGUUACAAAAUAAUAGACAGCAUGAAAGCAGGAAAACCUGUAGCCGAGUUGGAUUGAGAGGAGAGAGCUCGCCGUCACACCUGGGGACAUUUGUCGACAUGAGAGGACGUUAUGCAGGAAAGAAUACCACCAGAAAAGGGGAAAAAAUCCGAGCGGGAGCUGGCUCGUGUCCUGAUGCAGAUGUCCCUGGUGUGACUGUCUGCAAAGCGGGGGACGGGAAACUCGGUUCAGAGUGUUCCAUCUAUGGAAGUGACAAGGUUUACCUGGGGGUACGUGUCAGAAUGCCAGUCAGAGAUCUACUGAGAAAUAUCCGUCUGUCCAAAGGCCAGGACCCCGAAGACCAAAGGAGAGGCCCCGGCGGACCUACAGGAAGCGUUAAACGAGCCAGAGCUCGUUCCAGAAACCACACCAAGUGUUUCAACAAGAUAAUGGACCCCAUGAAAAGCCUGGAGGAGCUGGCCAUCAUCGUGGAGGUUCUCGAGGAGGAUCUCAGAACUGGAAACACCUGCCGCUCCCUGCCCGGAAAUCUGUCCGCCUCCAGCUCUCCGGUGAACCCAGAGAUGUCUCCAUCUGGAUACAGGGACGAGGACGACGCCAUGCUUCCUAGUCCGGAAUCCUACACCACGUUCUCCCCCGGCAUGGCCGAUUUCUGCCAGGGCGUGCCCCCCCCCGACUGCAUGUUCUCCAGACACCAGCCCUCCGGCGCCGAAAACAUGCUAAUCGGCGGAGAAAGCGGAGAGGACGGGUCGGAUCUUCGGAGCUGCCGCCAGGAUGUGAGCGGCUCCGCGUUUUUCUGGAUGCAGCUGGGCAAAGAGGAGAACCGGCUGAGGGGCGUCUCCGAUGCAGAGCUGCUGAUGACAGACGAACACGGAAGAACAGCUCUUCAUAACGUGGUGUGCGUUGGGAAGAGGGCGCUUGGCUACGCCAUUGCAAAAAGGAUGGCGGCGAUCAACAGCCUGGACGUCAAAGACUGUGACGGAAUGACUGCUUUGCUCUACGCGGCAAAAUACAACCAGCACCUCAUGAUGGCGGAUUUGAUCCAUCUAGAGGCCGACGUCAAUGAGAGAAACAGUUUGGGAAAGUCCUGCCUCCAUCUCAGUGCUGAGAAAGGCUACAUCCGAGUCUUGGAGGUCCUGAAACAAACAAUGAUGGAUGGGGUCUACAUUGAUGUUGAGGCCGCUGAUUAUUGUGGAAUGAGUGCCCUGCAGUGUGCUUCCGUGGCCCUCAAGAAAAGCAUCUGCGAGGUGAGGAGCAGCAGAUCUUCCACUUCGGUGAGGCUCCACAUGCUGCAGCAAGAGCAAAUGAUGGAGACGUUCGAGUGUCUGCUGCAGAUGGACAGCUACCUCCACACCGCUGUUGGACAGUCUACGAGAGGAGGUUUGACGAAUGCAGCUCAGAGAGGGCUGAGCUCCCACGCCACUUGCCCUCCAGGGCAUUUUUGAAACCCCGACAGUAAUGUUCUGAGUUAUUUCAGCCUUGAGCUCAUAUUCGGGAGACUGCAAUCCAGCGGUUCUUCUCUACAAAGGAUAUGAGUUCAGGCCUGUUACGAAAAGCAUCCAGUGUUCUGUGUGGUAAAAAAAAAAGCCUGGCUUUAACUCAGGUUUUUUUUUUAACCGUUCUGUACAGAAAAAAUAAGAUGCGCAUUAGUUGGUUUCUGUGAAACUUGCAUUGUUUGCUACAGUAAAGUAGCAAGUUGUCCUCAAGUAAGUGUGUCCCUCAAGAUUAAGAUUUCAAAUUCUGUGGCAAUAUUUGAAAUGCAGCUGUGUAACUCAAAUUUUGCAGGACCUGGUAAUGUUUGACAUACCUGUGAAAGUUAUGAUGCAUUUGAUUUUACAUAAAAAAUUAUUAGACAUUUGUAAAGCAUUUAAUCUGGGAUUCCAAUAACUACAUUAAUAAGGUUGAAGUUUUGAUUUACUGCCAGGAUUUUUUAUUUUUGUAACUGAGGGGCUUUUACAUUAGAGGACAAUUAUUAAUUAUAGUGUGAUGAUGGGGAGUGAAUGCAGUUACAUUUAAGGCUCCCCAUAACUUUAGAUGGAAAUGUGAUGAUCUAAGCUCAUUGGCUGUCAGAAGAGCUACCUAAUAAUGACUAACUUCAAGACAUUUUACCAUUUGUUUAAAAUGUAUUUUUCUGACGUUUUUUGAGCUGAUAUCACAUCUUCAGAUGUGUAUUAAAUUCUUCUACAAAAAGGUUUUUCUGACUUAAAACAAAAUGUGAUUUUUGUUGUCUGAAAUAAAUGUAAUUGAUGGGUUAAAUCCAUUUGAAACUUAACUGGAAUUACAAGGUAGUACACUGUCAAUACCUGUUUUAUGAUUCCAGUUAGUGGUGGUGGGCAGUCAUGGUUAAUAUGUGUUGGUGAUAUAUGGAUGUGUUGGUAGUUUAACCAGUUAAAUUUAAUGGCAUGUGUUGUACACAAGCUGUUUCAUGAGUGUGAAUGGUCACGUGCAAUGUUUUUUUUUGUAAGAUGCAAACCAUGUCUAACUGCAAAUAUUUGUCUGUUUUUUAACGAGGUGAAAUCAGCAUUAAUACAGAUAUUAUUGUUUUUUAAAAUACUUUUGAUAUGAACGGUAAUAUGGACAACACAUCUUUUUUAAACAAAAUUUUCCUACUUUUUAAUGCUGGGUUUUUUCAUUGGGUAGAGAAAUGAAUAAUAAAAGUUUAUUAAUGAUAAGUUUAUCAACACAUUUAAAAGAAAAGGGAACUAUUACAGCUUUGAUUCUGUUUUAUGUGAACUUAAUGCGUUUUAUCCACCAUAUAAUUUUAAGAGUGGUAUUAUGUGUCAUAUUGGUUUAGUGUUUUGUUUUAGCAACAAGUACAACUUUAUAUACUUAGAUUACUUAAGAUGAGAAUAUAAUAAUACUCCUUUCGUGCUGCAGUUUUACAUCAAGUUUUUGUCGUGCAGGGAGGAUGCAGGGAUUGAUGAUGUGUAUAUGUUACCGAAAAGAAAUCCGAUUAUAUCAAACAUAUCAGUGAAAAAUGAAGUGCUUGUUCCAACAUCUUUAAUAAUUAACUAAAUACAGUUUUAUACGGAAACAUGUACACAUAUACACUCUUUCAGAAUCAAUUUCCAGCACCUCUCUGCAAUUUAACAAAAUAUAAUUCGGGGGCAUGCAAACCCUGAACUGGUGUUCGUUUUUACUGUUUGCUUAUAUUGUAUGCGCAUAUUAAAAAUCAAUAAAGUUUUGGGUUUGGUUUUCAUUAUCUUCA